CCGUCAUGCACCGCGGAAGUGGGUCCAAAAUGGCGGACGUCAAAUGAUGUGUCUGACACUCUCCUCUCCCAAAACUCCGUCGAUUUGAAGCCUUCUAAGCCUGCUUUACGGAGUCUGUGACUAUCAGAAGACGAGGGCAGGAGUGGCAGACAUCAGCUGGAGCAGUGAGGAGCCCAGAGACUGCAGACAUCACCUCACGGCACUGCAGGGAUCGUGGCAGCCUUAUCAUGCAACAUGUCUUCCAGCACAAAGCCUAGAAAGGGAUCAUCAGGGGGAGGAGCUGUAAGAAGUGGUGUGGGGAGAAAACAGCUCCCUCCCGUCCCCCCAGGGGCAGGGGCACCAGACACCACCACCCCCAGGGCAGCGGACAGAAGGUCGGCCCAGGACUCACCCCCAAAUGGCAUCCCCCAGUCCUACGGACCUUUCUUCUUGGAAUACUCACUUAUGGCAGAAUAUAAUUUGUUGCAGAGACAGAGAAUACCAGGGAUUUAUGUCAUCCCAUCUGCCAAGUCACCGCUCUUCUGGUUUGGUGUGGUGUUUGUGAGACAAGGUCUGUUCCAGGAGGGAGUCUUCAAGUUCUAUGUCAUCGUACCAGACAACUACCCAGACGGGGACUGUCCUAGAGUGAUUUUCGACCCUCCCAUCUUCCACCCUGUGGUGGACAUAGAGACAGGAGAGUUAGAUGUCAAGAGGGGUUUCACAAAAUGGAGGCGGAACGUCAAUCACAUCUGGCAAGUGCUGCUGUAUGUAAGAAGAAUUUUCUACAAGAUAGACACAAAAAAUCCACUCAACCCAGAGGCUGCUGUGCUGUAUGACAAAGAACUUGACGUGUUCAGGAGAAAAGUCACUGAGACAAUCCGCAAGUGUAACGAGCACAUUUACGAUCCGCCUACAACAGACGACCCACAUGCAAUCAGAUUUACCAGAUGGGACCCUUCCCUUCAUGAGGAGGCAAAGAAACAAGUCCUGAGUCCAAAGAACCUUAAUUCGGGGCCGGACAUGGACGACUCCCCGACCGGAGUCAGCAGCAGAGAAACCAAAAGCCAAGGAAGCGAUCCGAGAGCGAGACUAAGAAUGCCCAGACCUCAGGCCUGUCCUGGGUCAAGCCAGGCUCCACUAAAGCCUUCAGCCGACAGGAAGCCUCGUCUUAGCGAGGCGCGGAAGGUCAAGGAGACGACGUCGGGCAGCCUGGUGAUCACGACACUGACCAGAGACGUGGCGGACACGUAGAUAGGGUAGAGAAACGAUGUAUAGACAGUCAAAGUUGAAAGCGUGGAGGAAGGAAAGAAAGCGGUUUACCUGAUGGUGUGUUAGAAAUGACUGAAGCCCCUUUGUGAAAGUUAUUUUAGAGAAAUAGACCUUUGUUUGCAGUCCUCUCUAGGCCUGUUUCAACUGUGACUUCAACACACAGCAACGUCUUGAAAGUUCAUCUGUGUUGGUACAAAUCAUUAUGAAGCAAGUUUAAACUGCAAUUUCCAACACAACAAAUUGGACACACCCAAAUUUUCGACUGUACAACUCCAGUCCUUGUCAAGGAAUGAGCAAUCCACCGCUUCCGUGACGUCACGCAGAUAACACACGUGACUCCGUGAGCAGCGGAUCAUAGGUUGCAGAAAUUUGGGUGAGUCCAAUUUGUUGUGUUGGAAAUUGCAGUUUAAACACAGCAACAUCAUUUUUGUCAGUACCAUCUUUGAAAAAUAAGGGCUGGUCCAUUUCAGCGGGACAACUUUUAAAGAAUUCCCUUUUUCAACCUGUAUACCACAUCCUGUUACACCUCCAUGUCAGACUAUCCCUACUCAGAAUUUGAAAUGGUAUAACCCAAAGUGAACCGCAAUAGGUAUCCACCAGUAUAUGUGUAGAGGUCAUUAUGUUAACAGACACAAACUGGAGAACUGCAAAACAAGGCUAUUCGGUGUACUUACAAAUAGGGGCAACUCUAGGAUAGGUAUCAGAGAAUGAAGGAAAUUGAAGUGGAUGACUUUUUUGGCCACAUCUUUUAACAUAAUAAUAUGCUGCAGCUUUAUGGAAUGGAACGAUGAUUGCUACAGGUAGAUAUAAAGCUAAAGACAGGUUGAAGAGAAGAAGUUGUGGCCCAGCAUACAGGUGGUAUGGAUGUGCAGUAAAGGUAUGAAGAUGUGCAGUACCUGGUCAUUGAAUUCUGUUUGUGAAGAAUUGAUGGAAGAAGAAAAAAUGGUGCAUUUUACCAGCAGUGGAAACUGGAAACAUUGAAGAACUAAUAUUAAUAACUCCUGCACACACAGAGGCAGGGUAUGGGCUCUGAGAGCUCACCAUUCAUUAAACAUAAAGAAAUAAACAAUAAAAAAAAUAUACAUGUAUGUAAACAUAUAUAGAUUGAUGCCAUUGUUUUGGUAAGAUUUGUUAAGUACAAUAAGAAUGACCUGAUGUGUUUUUGGUUCUAAUGUUAUGGAACAGUUUGUGGAAACAGUUUGGGUUGUGCUAUGACAUAUAUGAUAUUAUUUCCAUUGCUAAAAAGUCUCAUACAACCAACAUUGUACACAAGCAAUAACCUGAAGAAGAAAUGGCCAAGUUUACAAAACUGCCAUCACUCAAGACGUAAUUCUAAGUGCAAGCCUUUCAUAUAUAGAGAGAUUAGUGUGUGUUACCACUAUAGAAGUAAGUUGUUAACAUAGAAAAAAUAUCAUUCCUAUUAAACAUGACUGUCUUUAGAUUCUAGAAUAUUUGGAUAGAAUUGUAUGGGGAAAUCUAAAGUACUGCUGCUGCCAAAAAUAACCACAGAACACCAGAACAUCCUAGGCAACUUCUUCCCAUCAAAGAAAACUUCAUCAAAUAAUUCACAAAAACAAUCCUAGACUGUGGCAGUUUUACUUUGAUAUUCUUUCAUUGUUUCUGAUAACAGAGGUUAAUACAGCCAGGGUGCCAUCCUUGUUAGUUAAGGCUUGCUCCUAAGCUAAGUCAGAACAUGGUGGCAUGUGCAAGAAUGAGUGUCUGAAAAAACAAACUUAAAAGAAGACAGUAGAAUCUAUCUAAAACUUACAAAGAGGAAUAAGCCCUGUUUUGGAUGUUGCCAUAUGGAGAACAUCACACAGAUCUAAUACUGUACCCUUGAAAACACACUUGCAAUGAAGCUGAGUUACUGCAUAUAACUUCAAUCUUGUUUAGGCUCAUCAUUCCAUGUUGAAACUUACAGAAAACGUUCA